CGGGACCCCAGAGCGAGAAUCGGCCGCCGUCCACCAGCUGAUAACCGUGCCAUCUGCGGUGAUUACUGAUCUCUGCGCCCGCCGAGAAGCACUCCGGACACAGCUCGAUGUCGGGACACUCCGUGCAGCGAAGCCGGAGACCAGGAAAAAGGUGACAAUGUCCAAACCAGUACUGUGUCAGAGAAUGACGGACAAUCGGUUAAGAUUCAGCAUUCCACAGAAGAUCCCAAAGAAGAAAAGUCUCCAGAUAUGGACGAAGAUGGAAAUCAAGAUUAUUUAGUUAACCAAUCUGAAUUCACAGAAGAAAAGCUGUCAGAUUCCCAAACACAUCUUGACAUUGACGUCAUGUUACCAGAAGAUCACAACCUUAUUACUGAACCAUCUGGAUCAACCGAAGAGAAACUAGACUCAGAUGGAGACCACGGUGACCACAUUGCUGAAACAAACCAACAAAGUCUACCGUUUGGGGACAGUUUGAUCUCAGAGGCUCCCAAUGGUGAAGGAGAUGGCCCCAACCGACUGGACUACGAGACCCAAGACAGAGAGUCCUCCUCAGAACAUGAAAGACCAGCCAGUGCCUACACCACCGGUUAUGAAGAAUACGCUUUACUUCUGGAGCAGCUGACAGAAGAACAAGCUCACGCCAUCGAACACAGGAAGAAGCUGCAGUUGAAGCUAGUUCCAAUAUUUGCUAAGAAGCCCAAAGAGGAGAUGGAGAGGGUUCUGCGGGGGGAACUGUGUGAGGAAAGUUACGAGGAGAGUCUGGAGAUGCUGACUGAGCUCAAGCUGAACAUGAAGGAGGAGAGAGAGAUGGCGGAGAGGCAGGCGGACACGCUGAAGAUGCAGGCGCAAGAGAAGCUAAGCAAGGUGGACAAAGAAUGGCGUGAACUGCUGUCCCUGAAGAAAGACGUGGCAGUAAUGGUGCUGAGUCGGCGCAUGGCUAAACCGGACGCCCUGGCUAAGGUGGAGUUCGCACUGUCCUCAGAGGAGAAGCACCAGGAUGAGCUGACCAGACUGCGCCUCCAAAACUUCAGCCUGGAGAAUCGGAUCCGGAGACUGGAGCUGGAGAUCAGCGAGGCCGACCGGAACGCCACCAACCCCUACCAACGCGAGUACGAGAAGCUCCACGCGCGGAGGAUGGACAGGAAGAAGCACGGGGAGAAGAGACAUGAAGAGGCUGUCAGAGUACAGAGGAGGGUGGUGAGGAGUUUGGAGGUGCUGUCCAACAUCAAGCAGAGGCUCCACAGCACCGAGACAGAGAUCCAGCACCAACAAGAGAAACUGGCCCAGGUGAACGCCAUUUUGGCUCAACACAGAGACAAGCUCACGAACCUCAAGCGAGCUCGCAGCAGCCUGCAGAGGGACAACACCCGCCUGAAGGAGCAGCGUGGCCUGCUGGGAAACGAAGUCCUGUUGAGAGACUACGACUUCACCAAGCAAGCCAACGCAGCGCUCGAAGAAAAACUACAGGAUCUAAAAUGUCAGCAGGCGGAUUUAGAAUUCUAUCUAAACAGGAGGAAGAAGAGGUUGCAGAUGAUGUGAUGUGGAGAUCGUGAAUUAUAAUUAAAAGGUGCAAUGUGUAACUUUUUACAGCUCAAAAAUAUGUUGAUACGCAUGCAUUUCUGUGAGUGGGGUUGCCUCUCCAUAGAUCUGACCUGUAUAUUUGACCUGGUGGCACCAUCUCAGUGUUUAAUGCCAUACUGUGGAGCAUUCCAAGCAAAGUAACAAUAUCUCCAUGGAGACAAGCGGAUGGAAAAGAUUACAUAGGGCAUCUUUAAGAGUUGAUACUGAUGAAACUUUGAUGCCAAGACUCAGCAGCAUUUAAAGAUAUUAAAAAUUCAUUGGCACUUAAGCCGAUUACAUUUGUGCUCAUAAUUGAUUAAUAAUUCAUUUUAAUGUUUGGAGCAGUUUAUAUUUUUGUACUGCUGACAACUUAACAUUCACAACUGUUCAAACUGUAGGCUAUAAUCUUUGUGUUAUCCUUUAAUUUACUUGGUUAGACCUCCUUUUUAAAGAAUUGCAUGUUUUCAUAACUGGAUUAGACCU